CCCACUGGGAGAGGACCCUGGCGAGCCGCCCCGCCCUCCUGCCCUGCGAUAAGGCGCCCGUAGGGGCCGCGGCUUCCCAGGCUGCUGCAACGCGCUCACCUGCUGCAGGUGCUCCCUGCAGACCCGCACGAGCGAGCGCCGAGAAGAUGCUACGCGAACGGACCGUGCGGCUGCAGCACGGGAGCCGCGUGGAGGCGGUGUACGUGCUGGGCACGCCGCUGUGGACCGACGUCUACAGUGCGGCACCAGCGGAAGCCCGGACCUUCAGUCUGAAGCACUCGGAAGGCGUGUGGGUGGAAGUGGUGCGGGACGGGGAAGCAGAUGAGGUGGCUACCAACGGAAAGCAGCGCUGGCUCCUCUCGCCCAGUACCACACUGCGGCUCACCAUGAGCCAGGCAAGCACCGAAGCCAGCAGUGACAAGGUCACCGUCAGCUACUAUGAAGAAGAGGGGAACGCCCCCAUCGACCAGGCUGGGCUCUUCCUCACAGCCAUUGAGAUCUCCCUGGACGUGGACGCAGACCGCGAUGGUGUGGUGGAGAAGAACAACCCACAGAAGGCAUCCUGGACCUGGGGACCUGAGGGCCAGGGAGCCAUCCUGCUGGUCAACUGUGACCGUGACACGCCCUGGACACCCCAGGAGGACUGCGGUGAUGAGAAGGUGUACAGCAAGGAAGACCUCAAGGACAUGUCCCAGAUGAUCCUGCGCACCAAAGGCCCUGACCGCCUGCCUGCCGGCUACGAGAUGGUUCUCUACAUUUCUGCUUCAGACUCGGACAAAGUGGGCGUGUUCUACGUGGAGAACCCAUUCUUCGGCCAGCGCUACAUCCACAUCCUGGGCCGGCGGAAGCUCUACCAUGUGGUCAAAUACACGGGCGGCUCGGCGGAGCUGCUCUUCUUCGUGGAAGGCCUGCGUUUCCCCGACGAAGGCUUCUCAGGCCUGGUCUCCAUCCACGUCAGCCUGUUGGAGUACAUGACCAAGGAGAUCCCCCUGACACCAAUCUUCACGGACACCGUGACAUUCCGGAUCGCUCCGUGGAUCAUGACCCCCAACAUCCUGCCCCCUGUGUCGGUGUUUGUGUGCUGCCUAAAGGACAAUUACCUGUUCCUGAAAGAAGUGAAGAACUUGGUGGAGAAAGCCAACUGUGAGCUAAAGGUCUGUUUCCAGUACAUGAACCGCGGCGACCGCUGGAUCCAGGAUGAAAUUGAGUUUGGCUACAUUGAAGCCCCCCACAAAGGCUUCCCAGUUGUGUUGGACUCCCCCCGCGAUGGGAACCUGAAGGACUUCCCCAUAAAGCAGCUGCUGGGCCCCGAUUUCGGCUACGUGACCAGGGAACCCGUCUUUGAGCCCGUCACCAGCCUCGAUUCCUUUGGGAACCUGGAGGUCAGUCCACCCGUGACCGUGAAUGGCAAGACAUACCCCCUCGGCCGGAUCCUCAUCGGGAGCAGCUUUCCGCUGUCUGGCGGUCGGAGGAUGACCAAGGUGGUGCGGGACUUCCUGCAGGCGCAGCAGGUGCAGGCACCCGUGGAGCUCUAUUCAGACUGGUUGACUGUGGGUCACGUGGACGAGUUCAUGACCUUCGUCCCCAUCCCAGGCACAAAGCACUUCCGGUUGCUUAUGGCCAGUACCGCUGCCUGCUACAAGCUCUUUCGAGAGAAACAGAAGCAGGGCCACGGGGAGGCCAUCUUGUUCAAAGGCCUGGGUGGAAUGAGCAGCAAGCGGAUCACCAUCAACAAGGUCCUGUCCAAUGAGAGUCUCGUGCAGGAGAACCAGUACUUCCAGCGCUGCCUCGACUGGAACCGUGACAUCCUCAAGAAAGAGCUGGGCCUGACAGAACAGGACAUCAUCGACCUGCCCGCACUGUUCAAGAUGGAUGAGGGCCGCCAGGCCAGAGCCUUCUUCCCAAAUAUGGUGAACAUGAUCGUGCUCAACAAAGACCUGGGCAUCCCCAAGCCGUUCGGGCCCCAGAUUGAAGAGGAGUGCUGCCUGGAGAUGCAGGUGCGUGCCCUGCUCGAGCCACUGGGCCUGUCUUGCACGUUCAUCGAUGACAUCUCUGCCUACCACAAGUUCCUGGGGGAGGUGCACUGUGGCACCAACGUCCUCCGGAAGCCCUUCGCCUUCAAGUGGUGGCACAUGGUGCCCUGACCCACAGGCGCCCUGACAUGCCCCCUCUACCCUGAGUUCUCCAGAUGUCCCCCCACCACACCGAGUCCCUCCAGGCCCUCCUCAACCCUGCCCCCACCUGACCUGGACUGGAUGACCCUGCUGGAAGGCCUUCUUUGGGAAGUGGGUGGGAUUUGAGGUGUCUGUGUCUCACCCUUCCUGGGAAGGAGUCUUAAUCAGCCUCGCUCUGUCCCUCCUGACAACAGUUGACCAUGACCGUUCCAGUCCAACCCUGACACAGGAAACAAAACCCAACACAAAAUGCCAUGUCCCCUAGCCAUACCCCACGAGCUCUUAGUCUCUAGUCCAAAAACCAAACAGAGGGAGGGGGACAGGAGGUGCUGGGAUCACAGCCUAGAGGUAAAGGGGAACACAUGGAGAAGGACCUGGGGACCCCUCAACAUCCCUUGAAGAGCCUUUGUCAUUUCAAACCUGUCCCUGAUUACUCAUUCCCUACCUGCUCUCUCAAACUCUCUGACUAGCCCUCCCCAGUCUCCAAGGGGCUGAUCCUUCCUUAGAUCCUUCUGGAAACAUCUCGUUUAGGAGCUUCUCUGUAGCCUCGUCUUUCUCAGGGUCACAGAUACCUGGGAUUUCUCCCCAGGCCAGCACAUGUGGAGUUCCGUGUAGAUGUCACGGUUUGGCCGUAUCCACCUUCUCCUGCUGGAUCCCGGGCUCCCUGGCCAGUCCCUGCCCUUCUGCCUCCCAUCAGCUCCACUUUUCCUGUUCUGGAGGCCGUCUCUCCAGGCAGCUAGCCAGGCAGUCGUCCCUUCCUCCAAACCCAGUCCCUCCUCCAUCACUGGGUGUGAUAUUUUCCCAUCCCUCCCCCACAGACAUCAGACAGCAUCAGGCCCCCAGCCUGGCCCCACCAUGAAUGAACAGGUCUGAGCCAGCUCUGGCCUUGGACAUGAGUUAUUCCCCUGAAACUCACCAGAGUCUUUUAAGACCUUCUCCUUUGGCUAGAUCCAAACUAAUUUCUGGUUGUAGUUAGAACAAAAAAAAAAA